AUGGCAGUGUACUGGAUGACGGAAGUGCUACCGUUGGCUGUCACUGCUAUGCUUCCGGUUGUUCUCUUCCCGUUAACUGGUGUAAUGACAUGCCAUGAUGUUGCUCAACAGUUCAUCAACGACACAAAUUUCCUUUUCAUCGGCGGCCUGAUCAUGGCGGCAGCCGUUGAAAAGUGCAAUCUACAUGAACGUGUCGCGCUGUCGGUGCUGAAGAUGGUCGGUAGUGAGCCGAAAUGGAUUAUGCUGGGUUUCAUGAUUGUCACUGCGUUAUUAAGCCGACACAACUGUUCAACUGCUGACCGACUUUUUAGGGUCAGAAAUGCGGGAGCCUACAAGCGAUUGUCGACCGCUCUAGUGUUGUGCGUUUGUGUUGCGGCAAACAUCGGUGGCACUGGAAUGCUAACUGGAACCCCAAGCAACCUCGUAAUGGUGGGCCAGUUACCUGAAUUAUUUGGCGACGUUGAGACGUCUUUGAAUUAUAUGACAUGGUUCCUGUUCGCAUUUCCGUUGAUGUGCUUCUGUUUGGCGGGAGCUUGGUGCAUUCUGACCAUAUUCUUCCUUAGAGGUGCACCCGGAAAAGAUGCUCGUAUUACCGAGAUAAUGCACAAGAGAUACGAUGAUUUACCUAGAAUAAGCUAUGCAGAAAAAUCCGUAAUGUUCUGCUUCAUUGUUCUUCUCUCGCUGUGGAUGUUCAGAAAACCAGGAUUUUUCAAAGGUUUUGGCGAACUCCUACCGAGAGAGAGUUACACAGACUCAACGUCGGCUAUGGUAGUUGCUGUUCUUCUUUUCAUUCUACCAAGUGAGAAACCAGCGGUCCUUAGCUACGGAGCAAAGGAAGAAAUGAGUAAAGAAUCUCAUUUAAUGGACUGGUCGACGAUGCAGAAGAAUUUUCCUUGGAGUGUUGUGAUCUUGCUCGGAGGAGGAUUCGCCUUAGCAUCUGGUUGGUGA